AUGUUGAAUUUUAAGACCGUUUUACAGCGCAAAGGCGGCCAGUUCUGCUCUGCCAGCAUUACGAAGGCUCUCGCACAACUGACUCUAUUUGAUCUCAAAAGCUACGUUUCAGAGGAGGCGGCACAACGAUGCAUGGCAGAUUGUAACGCUGCAAUCAGUGAACAUGCCUUUUCACUCCAUGAUGCUCUUCAUUCAAGUGGCCCCAAUUGUUGGAAGGGAAAGCUUGACGGGAGAGUGGGGUGCAGCACAUUGUAUGAGACUGAUGACAUUGCUCUCUGCUGGUUUGUUGUGCCUCCAGGUGGUGUACUGCCGUUGCACGACCACUGCACAAUGGUCGUGUGGCAGCGAAUUCUAUUUGGAAGAAUACAUAUCACUUCGUUUGAUUGGGCGCAGGGGUUUGAGCCUGUGGACACGCAACUAUGUAAUCGUCGGGGCGGGGAGGCCAUUGUUGUUUUCUCGGGUACUUCGGAGGCGCGCUCCAACGCAAGCAGCCCCGCAUCACUGGUGACGUCAUUUGGGCCGCAUGAGGGUGGUGUCCUACACGAGAUUGAGAAUGAGAGUACGGAACCCGCCCUCUUUGUUAACGUGAUGACACCACCAUACAACAAACCUCCGAACAACAUUGAGUGCAUGUACUACUCGCUCUCACGCCUCGACGGCGGCCGUGCGACUCCAUUGGAGUCACAGAGUGAUGCGGCGUGCCGUGAAAGGCUGACUGUGGGACAGCGCGUUCUUCUUACUCCACGCCCAACGGUCGGCAAAAUGCCAAUGAAUGUUUUUAUACCUAUACAAUCGCCAUGGUGA